AGUAGAUUGGAAACUAACGACCUUUCAAAAUCUCCACUUUCUUGCUUUGGUUUUGAAACAUACUGUUCUUGAUUUCCAUUAAUACUUUUUAUUCUAAAUUUCUAAUCAUGGGAGAUGGAGCAGCUUCGGCCCUUGUGAAGGAUGUGUUGGGGAGACUGAAUUCUGUUGAUAUCCAAGAGUUCGGUCUACUUUGGGGGUUCAAUGAGGAUGUUUUGGCUCUCAAGGACGAUUUCGAUCGGAUCAAAGGUGUUCUUCAAGAUGCAGAAGAGAAACACAGCAAGGAGAAGGCUGUAGGGUUAUGGCUCAAGAGUCUCAGAUCAGCAUCCUUGGAGGUAGAAAAUGUGUUGGACGAGAUCUCGACUGAAGCUUUGCUACAACGUCUAGACAAAGAAAGAGGCAUCAUAUAUAGUGUAAGCGCCUUUUUCUCAUUUGAUCAUAAUCCACUUAUGUUCCAAGUUAGGAUUGCUUACAAAGUUAAAGCCAUAAGAACAAAAUUGGAUGCCAUUGCAUCUAAGAUAUUUGAGUUAAAGUUGACCCCUUUAGGUGCCAUAAGUUAUGUAGAUGUGGGAGUUGAAGGUCAGAUGCCAGAUAGGGAAACCAGCUCGCUUAUACAUUCUUCAAUUAUCGUUGGAAGAACUGAUGAUAUGAAUUUGGUAACUGGCAAGAUAUGUAACAAAGAUGUAGGAAAACAUGAUAAUGAUGAGAUUCGGGUGUAUUGUAUAUGGGGUAUGGGAGGUGUUGGAAAGACUACUCUAGCUAAACUAGUCUAUAACCAUGAAAGCGUGAAUCAAUAUUUCAAGUUAAAAUUUUGGAAAUUUGUCUCAAAAAAGUUCCAGGUUAAAGAGAUAAUAAAAGAAAUCAUUGAAUCCAUAGAUAAACGUAAGUGUGGACUUCCACAGCUAGAUAUGUUGCAAGAGUCUCUUCAGAGCAAGUUAAAGGGAAAUAAAUUUUUAAUUGUACUAGAUGAUGUUUGGAUAGAAGACGGUGAAAAGACCCAGUGGGAUCAAUUAAGUGAAACAUUAAGUUGUGGGGCAGAAGGGAGCAUUGUUGUGAUCACAACACAAUCCCAGACAACUUGUCAAAUGAUAACUAAGGUCCCCGAGUUAGAACAUGAAUUGGGAUGUUUAUCGGAGGAGGACUCGUGGUUAUUAUUCAAAAAGCUUGCAUUUGCAGAAGGAAGAAAGGGGGAUGACAUAAGCGAGCUAGAGCCUAUUGGAAGGGAAAUAGUUGAGAAAUGUGAAGGACUGCCUUUGGCGGUGAAGACUUUGGGUGGCUUAAUGUGGUCGAAAAGUAGUACAAGCGAUUGGCAACGUGUGAAAGACAAUAGCAUAUGGGGGUUGCAAGAAAAUAACAACUUCCCUGCUUUGAAGUUAUGCUAUGAUAACUUGCUCCCACAUGUAAAGAGAUGCUUUGUUUAUUGUUGUUUGUUUCCUAAAGGCUACAAUAUGGAAAAGGAUGUAUUGAUUCCAUUGUGGAUGUCAAAUGGUCUUAUUCCACCUAGAGGAGAAAUAGACUUAUAUGUGCUUGGGGAAGAAAUUCUUAAUUGUUUGGUUUGGAAGUCCUUCAUUUUUAAGACCAAGGAAUUAUCGGGUGCUAGAUAUAUAAUUCAUGAUCUUAUGCACGACAUGGCAAGACAUGUGAUGGGAGAUGAUUGUUUAGUUAUAGAGCCACACAAACAGGUUGUAAUCCCAAAUGAAGCCCUUCAUUUGAGUUCCUCAAGUCCAGAUUUUCAGUUUUCACUCGAGGAUCUAGGGAAGUUAGCAUCGUUAAGGUCAAUAUUCAUGUUCGGGAAGAUGAAUGAAGGUAGCAUUAGCCAAAUUUUCAACCACGUCUAUCUGAGGGUAUUACACUUGUCUGGUAUUUGGUUAAAGACAUUGCCUGAAUCAAUUUGCAAACUCAAAUAUCUGAAAUACUUGAAUUUAUCACAUUCAAGUAUAGAAGAUUUACCCGACUCAAUUAUUUAUCUCCAAAACUUGCAAGUGUUGCUUUUGUUUUCUUGUCAGAAACUACGUGAAUUGCCUGAAUCAAUUUGUGAACUCAAACAUUUGAAAUACUUGAAUUUAUCACAUUCAAGUAUAGAAGUAUUACCCGAUUCAAUAAUAUAUCUACAAAACUUGCAAGUGUUGCUUUUGGAUUCUUCUCAUUUGGGUAAAUUACCUGAAGGCCUAAGACACAUGAAGAAUCUUAAAUGUUUGGACAUUAAUCAUUGUUAUUCACUAUUGCAAUUACCAAUAGGAAUAAAUGAACUAACUAGUCUCCGAAUACUUUCGAUGUUUCCUGUUGAUAAAAAAGGUGCGGCCAAAAUAGGGGAGUUGGGGAAUUUAAAUCUUCUCGAGGGAGAAUUGGAGAUACUAUUACUUGAGAAUGUUGGAGGUUUAAGUGAGGCCAAGAGUGCCAAUCUCAAAUCCAAAAGAAACAUGCAGGUUUUGAUGUUACGUUGGUCGGGUAUUCGUCAUUGGGAUACUAGAGGAAAUAUGAGAAUUGCACAUGAUGAAGAGGUUCUCGAGGGAUUAGAGCCAAAUAUGAGUCUCAAGGAAUUGAAAAUACAUUUUUACAUGGGAAAAACUAUUUGCCCAAGUUGGAUGGAAGGUUUAAGAAAUUUGGUUGAAAUUAGUUUUUAUUAUUGUAAGAACUGUGAGCAUAUUCCAUCAAUAGGGAGAUUACCCAAUCUUAGGGUAAUUCACUUGUCGAUAAUGGAUUCUCUGAAGUGUUUCUAUGAUAAUGAGGAAAACAUGUUAGCAGACACCAGCAAUAUGUUUCAGUGUUUACAAAAACUAGACAUUUACAACUGUCCCAAUUUGGUUUCCUUGCCAAGUAACCUUCCAAAACUCGAGGCGUUAAGAUUAGUUGAGUGUGACAAAUUACUUUCUCUGCCGGAGGAGAUUCAAAGUUUUAAGGAUCUGAAUAAACUUGUGAUAAUCAGUUGUAAACUUCUAAGUAAAAGGUGUGAAAAGGAGAUCGGUGUAGAUUGGCCUAAAAUUUCUCACAUUCCGCAUAUCAGAACUGACUCUCCAAGUUACAUUUGAAGCCGGAGACAAGAUUGGCGAAUUAUGGGAAAUUGGCGAAUUAUGGGUUCAACAGCAAGCUAAAUGAAAUCAUGGUUUCUAUGAAUUUGUUUUGUUUACUUUGUUUGUUUAUAUAAAGUAUUAUAAUUUUGUUUUGAAGCUUCCCUAUUAAAAACAUGUCAUAUUCUCUUUAGUUUCAGAUUCCGCAAUAUAUGUAUUGGAUUGUAUAGCACUCUCAUUCACCUAAUAAACAUAUUUCUUGCUGUUG